AUGCCCUGCGGGGCUCGCGGGGCCCCGUGGCUACGGGCGGGCGGGGCACAAUCGAAAAAAGAGCCCAGUCGUUCUUUGUGUCUUCCAUAUUUUCCAUCAUUUCAAACUCUUUUCACCAAUUUAUCAAUCCCAAUGAUCGAAAUAAAUGAUUUAUCAUCGGACGAAUCUCCUGAUGUUAUUUUAUCAACAGCAACUGGUCAUUCAUCAGCAGAUGCUGGUGGUUCACUACCUGAAUGCUCAAUUGGUGAUAUAAAGUACGAUACAUCGAAUAUCAAAGUUUUCUUGAAAAAUCAAUCAGGAAAAUAUACACUGGUGGGUAAUCCUAGAGUAAAUACAGUUAAACCAUCUGCAUGUUGGACUCGAUUUGCUCUUCCUGCAGUUAAAGAUGAAAACCAUCGAAAUAUCAUCAUCAAAAAAUUUGCGUGA